GGGGCGGGGCCUGACGGGGGCGGGGCCUGUGGGCGGCCGUGGCGUGAGGCGGCGGCAGCGCCAUGUCGAUGGAGGACCCCUUCUUCGUGGUGAAGGGGGAGGUGCAGAAAGCCGUGAACACUGCCCAGGGGCUCUUCCAGAGGUGGACAGAGCUCUUGCAGGAUCCCUCCAUCGCCACAAGAGAAGAAAUCGACUGGACCACAAAUGAGCUCAGGAACAACCUGCGGAGCAUCGAGUGGGACCUGGAAGACCUGGAUGAAACCAUUAGCAUUGUUGAGGCAAACCCGCGGAAAUUCAACCUCGAUGCGACGGAGCUGGGCAUCAGGAAAGCCUUCAUCACCAGCACACGGCAGGUGGUCAGGGAUAUGAAGGAUCAGAUGUCGAACUCCUCCAUGCAAGCGCUGGCUGAAAGAAAAAACAGGCAGGCACUCCUGGGAGACAGUGGGAGUCAGAGUUGGAGCUCUGGACCUGACAAAUACAGCCGUCUGGACCGGGAGCUGCAAUUAGCAAAUUCACACUUCAUCGAGGAGCAGCAAGCGCAACAACAGUUGAUUGUGGAGCAGCAAGAUGAGCAGUUGGAGCUGGUCUCUGGCAGCAUCGGGGUGCUGAAGAACAUGUCCCAGCGCAUUGGCGGGGAGCUGGAGGAGCAAGCAGUGAUGCUGGAUGACUUCUCCCACGAGUUAGACAGCACUCAGUCGCAGCUUGAUAACGUCAUGAAGAAGCUCGCCAAAGUGUCUCACAUGACGAGUGAUCGACGGCAGUGGUGUGCAAUUAUCGUACUCUUCAUCAUCUUGCUGGUGGUGCUCAUCCUGUUCCUUGUCCUGUGAUGGACUGAACUUCCUUGGACGCCCCCUCCCCGCCCCCUCGCCCCGGCAGCACGGGGAAAUGAAACUCUCACUGUUUCCGUCCGCCCACAGAGAUCCCCGGCAAGAAAACCCGCACCCAGCUCUCACCAUCCUCCUCCGAGGACUGCGGCUCGGCUUUGCCGGCGUCUCACUUGGCUCCGGGGAGAGGGGCUGGAGGACUGGAGCUGCCUCCUCCCCUGGUGCAGUGUGAUCUGGACCUGAGCUCCAGGUCUGGACCCGGGGAGCUGGAGGAGGACUCAAGCCGUGCGUGUCCACCCGGUGCAGGUAGGAGCUGGUCGCGGCGGUCCCGAGCUGCCUGCGGUGGAAUGCGGACACAGAGCAGCGAGCCCUGGGGAGGACGGGACAGGGAGGAGGAAUUAAUGAAUUCACUGAGCAUUACAAACCGCGCCGCCACCGCCAGCCACGAGCAUUACCAGGCAGCGGGAGGCCCGGCCACACUCCCCCUGCCCCACGCCGCCUCCCCCCUGCCGCGGGCCAGCUCUGUGCCGCCGACUCACCGCUCAGAGAGCACGUUGAGUCCGCAGCAGAGCCUUCCCACCCUCCACACCUGGGCAGAAGGCAGAGCCGGAGGGUCUCGUGUCCUGCCAUCGGCCACCCGGUCACCGUUAGACACCCCAGAGCUUUAAACUUGGGUUGCUGCACGCCAAGCACUGGCAAUCAGCGGUGAGCUGGAGAGGGAGUGUCUUAAAGCUUUUAAAAUUGCCUCCCUCAUUAUGCAGCCUCUGAAGCUCGUUGACUGAUGCUUUCCUUGCCCUUGUAUAACUGAGUCACUGCUUCUGUUUAACAGCUGCUUCCCUUUGGCAAGUGAUUUGUCAGGUCUAAAAUAACUUAUUUUUUUUAAGGAAAAAAAAAACUGAAGAUUUUUUUGAUGACCGAGCCAUGUUCUCUCUGCGGGUGCACGACAUGCAUGAUCAGAGGAACAGUGCUCAGUGAUGUAUUUUAAGUGCAUAUGAACUUGUAAAUAUGAUGUUUUAAUUUUUCCCAACCAUUAUUUUUUGGACACCUCCAUUUUAAGCAACCAAAAGGCUGGAGAUUCAAAGCUAUAUCAUGUUCCCGUAUUCCUUCCCAGUCCUUUUGUUACCUCCAAGUUGUUUGUCACUUGAGUUGUCUCAGCAGUGUCAGGUAGCCGGGUUGUCUCCCUCGUACAGGGAAUGUGGAGUAGCCAGGUGGGCAAUACCAAAAUGUGGCAAAGAAAGCUCACCUGGGCAAGUGUCACUGGGGAGGAACAGGCAGGCACAGGGGUCAUGCUGCAAGCACUGAUAAUGGGAUGUGGGGUGACCCUUCAGGAAAGCAAAAACGGUUUCUUACUCCAGUCUGCUCCCAUAUUUAAGCUGCAAACAUGAAAAGACUCAGGACAGCCUGGCUUAUGGCUCCCAGAUGGGCUGGGGGAGGAAGUUAAUUGGCACUGACACAAAGACUUCUGCUGAAAUUGCAAAUCGCCCCCAAAAUCGUCCUCCCAGCCUUGGAAGCUCGCCGCCGGAUGGCUUUACCUCCAGGACUGAACACUCCUCCCCACCGGGUUUGUGGCUCCCUCCAAGGUCUGUGUGCCCCCUGUCCCCACCGCUGGAUGCACAGCUGGUGGCACCGUGCCUUCCGCAGCCGGGUGCCGGAUGGGGGCCCAGCCGAGCUGCCCUGCGCCCACCCGGGUGCUCUCGCCGUUAACGCACACGCGGUGCCCUCGGUGCCCACCCGCACUCCUCAUUUCACAGUGGCUCCUUAUCCUUGCAGAGCAUCCCGUUUCCUUUGGUUACGCUGCAAGGAAUAGGGGUGUCUGCUUUCCAGGGCUGGCUAUCGCAGUGUCUGCACCGCUCUCCUCGGGCUUAUACCUCUCCAAGAGCAGGUUCCCGGGAGCGUGAGUCUGGCCAUGGAGCUGGGCUCGCUGCCGGACGGUGUUUGCACACCUCCGAUCCCUGCAUUGUUGUCGGUGUGGUUGUGCAUCCUCUGGGAAUGACUCCUGUGCAGGACUGCUCCUUCAGUAGUCCAGGGGGUGGCCCAGCUUCUGGAAUCACUGCACACCACCCAACUGUCUCUGGUCCCUUUUCCUGUGUAUAUUUGCUUUUCUGUCGCUGGUGGUGCCCCUCCCGUUAACACUAAAUAAAGGUGCAGCAAGUGCAGAUCUCCA